AUGCUUCUCCGUUCCAUUAUCCAACUGAUACUCCUAGCUUUGACUCAUAUGACAUAUUGUAUUUCGCUAAGGGGUCAAACAGUCAAAUUGAAUGGAAUUUUGUUUUACCUCCCGCCAAAGACCCUUGGUACAUUUGGCUUCGACACCAGUCCAGCUGUCGCGAAUUUAAUGGAAUCUCUGUAUCCUAUCACUUUAAUAGACAUCGCUAGCGAUAACUGUUCUCUGGAUGCAAUUAUUGCAGCUUAUCAAUCAUUGGAUGAUUCCAUCAUUACUUAUAACUUGCCAGCGCCUGAACUGACCAGUUGUCAAGUCAUUUUCCACAAUGGGCACUCAAAUAACGUUAUUCGGGACUUACAGACAACCAAGUCAAAAUAUGGAGUCGAAGCCAUAUUUCCACGCCCGGUCAAUGCCUCUAAGCUUUUCCUUCCCCCUGGGCCAUAUUUCUGGUCUCCAGCAUCAGGAAUAAUAAACGCCGCGUAUCGACUCUAUUCGGACGAACAAGGAGCCUUCACGCAAGGCCUAAUACCCUGGGGAAAUGGCUCUUACGGUGUGAUCCCUGCCGCUGUACCAGGAGCCGGGUCGAUGACCAUUGGGGUACCAUCAAGGCUGUAUUCCACAAAGGGCCCAGCGAAGCCACUAGCAGGAGUCCGUCUUGGAGUGAAAGACAUCUUCGAUAUUGCUGGCAUCAAGUCCAGUGGCGGAAAUAGGGCUUAUUAUAAACUGUCUCCUCCCGCAAAUGAGACAUCCCCAGCUAUCCAGAAGCUAAUUGAUGCUGUCAAUUCGCGAAUGGAGAGGGUUGAUUACCAUGCUCCAUUCAACCCACGAGGAGAUGGCUAUCAAGACCCAGGAAGUUCAAGCAGUGGCCCGGCAGCUGGAGUGGCGUCAUACGACUGGCUUGAUCUAACUGUAGGAACAGACACUGGAGGUUCCAUACGUGUUCCUGCUGGGGUGAAUGGUGUGUACGGAAUCAGACCGUCCCAUGAUUCAGCUUUACUGAAGGGGAUCAUACCUCUCUCGCCCGAGAUGGAUACAGUUGGAAUGCUGACCCGAAACACAACGCUAUGGAAAGAAGCUGCAAAAGUACUAUACGGCGGUCUCGGAGCUGACGCUAGUCUGCCACGAAAACUAUACCUAGUUGACUUUCCCACUAACCGAUCGAGCCAAAGCGAUAAGAUUCUUUUAGACUUCACUGAAUCACUUGCAGAUACUCUCAACAUGACUGCCGAAGUCUUUCACAUAGAAAAGAUAUGGAAUUCUACUGCCCCGAAAGAGGCAAAUGGUGCCGGACUUGCUGAUCUCCUGGGUGAUGUUUUCCCGCUGUUGACUGCAAAGGAGCAGCUUCAGCUGGUGGGAACCAAACUAUACACUCAAUUUAAAGAAAAGAACGAAGGCCGGCUGCCUUUCCUCGAUCCAAGUCCCUCGAUCCGGUGGAAUUGGGGAACAGAACAAGCAGAGACAUCUAUGGAUGAGGCCUUUCACAAUAUGAGUAUCUUUGCCAGUUGGUGGUACUCUCAUGGGCAGGCAGGCGGCCCAGAUUCAUGCUCAGAUUCUUUAUUUGUCUAUCCUCAGUCGACCGGAGAUACUAUAUAUCGGGAUGGCCCAUACCCAAUUUAUUCACCAGGAAUCCCGUCGGGUUUUGCAAUCGAUCGUGUUCCCUCGUUCGUAGGUUCACCUGAUUUUGCAUUGCCAAUUGGAGAAAUUGAAUAUCACUCAAGGAUCACAGAUCGAACUGAAGUCCUGCCUGUUGCUGUUGAUAUAAUGGGAGGUAAAGGGUGUGAGGGGAUGCUGUUUAAUGUGAUAGACAAACUAGUCGCGGCUGGAAAGUUGAAGGGAAACCUUCACACUGGAAGGUCAUUGUAUGGUUUGAAUUAG